GACUUCAUAGCGAUGACUCUGACCGUCUGACUUGGGAAAAAUCGGAAAAGCCUGGAAUUUUCCACGGGCUUAUUAGGUUUUCCGAGACUACCGCCAUUGUUCCAAAUUCGAUCUCCGAGGAGAAGCCAAUUCGUUUACAUAUCAAUCAGAAAGGCAUUCAUUUUGGAGUUUCUGGGAGCUUGAGAGAUGGCAAGUGGAUUUGGGGGAUCAACAACGAGCGUGCCACAGCAAAACCCGUCUUGCUUGGGCAAUAACGCCAACGAUGUGGGCGAUUUUGAAUGCAAUAUCUGCUUUGAUUUAGCUCAAGACCCAAUUGUUACACUUUGCGGUCACCUCUUCUGUUGGCCGUGUCUAUAUAGAUGGCUCCACCAUCACUCUCAUUGCCAGGAAUGCCCAGUUUGCAAGGCCGUCAUACAAGAGGAGAAAUUGGUUCCUCUAUAUGGAAGGGGCAAAACACAGAGUGACCCACGAUCAAAGUCGUAUCCAGGUAUUGACGUUCCUAACCGUCCGGCAGGGCAACGGCCCGAAACUGCUGCUCCUCCUCCCCCAGAAGCAAAUCAGUUUAACUUUAGCAAUCAUGGCUUUGGAUUUAGAGGGGGUUUUGCGCCAAUGGCGACAGCUAGGAUUGGUAACUUCACUCUGGCUUCUGCUUUUGGUGGUCUGAUUCCUUCCUUGCUAAAUAUUCAGUUUCAAGGCUUCCCAGAUGCUACUGUGUAUGGGCAGACUUCUGGUUUUCCCAGUGGGUUUAAUACGUUUCAUGGGGGCCAUGCACACAGGUUCCCCCCACCAGUCAGUCGAGGACAGCAUGCUGAUGUUGUUUUGAAGAAUCUUCUUUUGCUGAUUGGCAUCUUUGUCAUCGUUGCUCUUCUUUGUUGGUAAUUUGUUUUUACCUCUCAAACUUAAACUGAUGAUGGAUUUCUACAGCGGUCGAUGUUCUGUCCUGUAUAUACAUUAGCGGCUUGAUGACUUCAUUUCGUGAUUGUCAAUUCGAUGUUUUUGAAAUCUAAAAUUUGGACUUGUACGCUUUUUCUUAAGUUGCCUGACAAAAUCUCUCUCUAAUGUAUGCCUGUGUUGUGGUCUUUUAAACAUCUUCAUCCUAAGGAUCGUGCUUUCAAGUUUUCUGUCUUCAUUAUUAUUCUCUCAUUCGAGAGCUGCCAGAUCUAAUUGCAAGACGCAUGUACGGUAAAGCUUCAAAGGCUUCAUCAAGUUGAAAGAUGGUUUUAAUCAAUGUUUCUUGAUGCAAACUUUUUGUAAGAGACUCUUUCUUAUUGUAAUGCAGUCUAUUUUUGGUAUU